CUCGGAGCAGCGGGUUUCUCACACAUAAUCUUCCUCCUGUGCCUGCGGCCGGACCCCAAGGCGAAGAGCAGGGGCGCACAGCCGGGGACCCAGCCUAGCGAGGACACCUGCAGCCGGCGCCUGGCCUCGCGUGACCGCGCCACGAUGCCGGGUCACUUGUGUCCUUGAGUCAGUAGGAGCAAACCUUCAUCAGUCCACAUCAACACCAGUGAGCCAGAAGGAAACCACAGCCAAGUCCCAGGAACACCAUGUUCUGCCGGAAGUUCAAGGAUCUCAAGAUCACAGGGGAAUGUCCUUUCUCCUUAUUAGCCCCCGGUCAGGCUCCUAAAGAGCCAACUCAGGAGGUGGCAGAAGGCUCCAAGGGCAGCCAGGCCACUAUGCCCAUAAGCCAGGACAUUCCUGAGAAGAAUCCACAAGGGGACCUUCCCCAGAGAAAGACAAGCCGGAACAGAGUCUACCUGCACACGCUGGCAGAGAGUAUUUGCAAGCUCAUCUUCCCAGAGUUUGAGCGACUGAACCUUGCGCUUCAGAGAACACUGGCAAAGCAUAAGAUAAAAGAAAACAGGAAAUCUUCAGAAAAAGAAGACCUUGAAACAAUCAUUGCAGAACAAGCAAUUGCAACAGGUGUCCCGGUGGAGGCGCUCAAAGACUCCCUGGGUGAGGAGCUGUUCAAGAUCUGUUAUGAGGAAGAUGAGCACAUCUUGGGUGUGGUUGGUGGCACCCUGAAGGACUUUCUAAACAGUUUCAGCACACUCCUGAAGCAGAGCAGCCACUGCCAGGAGGCAGAGAGGAGGGGCCGGCUGGAAGAUGCCUCCAUCUUAUGCCUGGACAAGGACCAGGACUUUCUAAAUGUUUACUACUUCUUCCCCAAGAGAACUACAGCACUGCUUCUCCCUGGCAUCAUCAAAGCGGCUGCUGGCAUACUGUACGAAAGCCAUGUAGACGUGGCCCUGAUGCCUCCUUGUUUCCGAAGCGACUGCGCCGAGUUUGUGAACCAGCCCUAUUUGCUCUAUUCUGUGCAUGUGAAGAGCACCAAGCCUUCUCUGUCCCCGGGCAAGCCCCAGUCCUCGCUGGUGAUCCCCACUUCACUCUUCUGCAAGACUUUCCCGUUCCACUUCAUGCUGGACCGUGACCUGGCCAUCUUGCAGCUGGGUAAUGGCAUCAGAAGGCUGGUGAACAAGAGGGACUUUCAAGGGAAGCCCAACUUUGACGAGUUCUUUGAAAUUCUGACUCCCAAAAUCAACCAGACAUUUAGUGGCAUCAUGACCAUGUUGAAUAUGCAGUUUGUCAUACGGGUGAGGAGAUGGGAUAACUCAGUGAAAAAAUCAUCACGGGUUAUGGAUCUCAAAGGCCAAAUGAUCUACAUUGUUGAAUCCAGCGCCAUCUUGUUCUUGGGGUCACCCUGUGUGGAUAGACUGGAAGAUUUCACAGGACGAGGGCUCUAUCUGUCUGACAUCCCAAUUCACAAUGCCUUAAGGGAUGUUGUCUUGAUAGGGGAGCAGGCGCGGGCUCAAGAUGGCCUCAAGAAGAGGCUGGGGAAGCUGAAGGAAACCCUGGAGCAUGCGCACCAAGCCCUGGAGGAGGAGAAGAAGAAAACGGUGGAUCUGCUCUGCUCUAUCUUUCCCAGUGAGGUUGCCCAGCAGCUGUGGCAGGGACAAAUGGUUCAGGCCAAGAAGUUCAGUAACGUCACCAUGCUCUUCUCGGAUAUCGUAGGCUUCACGGCCAUCUGCUCUCAGUGCUCACCUCUGCAGGUCAUCACCAUGCUUAACGCUCUCUACACGCGCUUUGACCGUCAGUGCGGAGAGCUAGACGUCUACAAGGUGGAGACCAUCGGGGAUGCGUACUGUGUGGCUGGGGGACUGCACAGAGAGAGUGACACCCACGCCGUCCAGAUAGCACUGAUGGCCCUGAAGAUGAUGGAGCUCUCCAAUGAGGUCAUGUCUCCCCACGGAGAACCCAUCAAGAUGCGAAUUGGACUGCAUUCUGGGUCAGUGUUUGCCGGAGUUGUUGGAGUAAAAAUGCCUCGCUACUGCCUGUUUGGAAACAAUGUCACUCUGGCUAACAAAUUUGAGUCUUGCAGCGUGCCACGGAAAAUCAACGUCAGCCCCACGACAUACAGGUUACUCAAAGACUGUCCUGGUUUUGUGUUUACCCCGAGAUCGAGGGAGGAGCUUCCACCAAACUUCCCUAGUGACAUCCCUGGAAUCUGUCAUUUUCUGGAUGCAUAUCAACAGCAAGGUCCUAAUUCUAAGCCAUGGUUUCAGCAGGGAGACGUGGAAGAUGGAAACGCCAACUUCUUGGGCAAAGCGUCAGGAGUAGAUUAGCGAGCCACAGGCAUGUGCACUGGAUGCCUUUGCGGAAGUGCGGAACCUCUGAAAUGACUUUAGGAUUUCAGAAGAUGAAAGGCAGAACUAUGGUUUCAGAGGCUAAACCCAUUCUCCUCUCUCUCCCAUUUAAGAUGGCAAAAGGAAGAAAUAGAAAUGUGUUCACUUCAGCGCGUCACCCCCCUUCUAGUUAAGAAGCAAACGAACCUCAAGAGUGACUUUUGGGGAGACAGUUUUGUUCUAGAACAACCACUACUUGCACUCAAAACCCAAUACACUGUAAAUAUUCCAGGCAAUUGUAGUCAAGUGCAGCUGUACAAAGUAAAGGAUUCACCUCAGCCUGUCCCCAUGAAACGCUGUUGCUAUUGAAGUGUGUGUGGUAGUGUCACCUUUAAAACCUAUGAAAAGAAAUGGCAACAUUAAUUCUGUAAGAGCUUUGGGCCUUUCAACUUUGCAUCUAAUUAGAGCCCCUUAUUUAGCCACAGCAUAGGAAACUCCUCAGGCCCUGCCUUCUGUUCAGCUACAUCUUUGUGAGUAUGUAUGUGGUUUCCUUUUUUUUUUUUUAAGAAAAUAAGUAAUUAGCCGUUAUAUGAAAUGUGGAUAAAAUAGUUCUGCAAAUAUAAAAGAAUAUUUUUAUGUUUUGACAUUAAAAAUAUUCUCUAGAGCACAAUAUAUAUCAUACAACAAAUGCUUUUUUGGUUUUGAUACUAUAUGUGAUAAAACCUAUUCUAAUUAUUGUUAAAAAGAUGCUUCCUAUUAAUCCAUAUAAAAUCUACUAAUCGCAAAACUUUUAGAAUAAAAAUGCUUAUAGCCAUAGUUAAAUGCAAUAAUAUUCUAAUUUAAUGAAGGAAACGUGACAUGGAGUUAAGGCUUGCACACAGAGACCCUGAUACAGAGCACAACAGCAAAGCGUUCACACACACGUGUUUAAAUGAUCCUCUACUGCCACGUUCAGCCAUAAAAUCCAAGAGGGAAAGUUUUAGCUCAGAAGUAGAAAACAAAACUUAUUUUUCUGUUUUUUGAUAGUUUCUUAAGUAUUUCUGUUGACAUUUUAGUGUAUGUGUAUGUGUUAAGAAUAAAAUUUUGUAUUAUUCAGUGUUAAAUCUGUGAAAAUUGUAUUCUAGUUAAAAUAUCCUAAUGACGUCUCCUGAAGAAACCACUAGUACCAGUGAAGAAAACCUCACCAUGACUUGAUUCUAAUUUUUUUCUGGAGUUUGAACUAAUUUCCCUUCCAUCCUCUGCCCUCCUCUCGAUUCCCUUGCUUCCCCUGUCAUUGCGCAUGUAUGCGUGAGUCUGUGGAUUAAGCACAGGGCCUGUGCAUGCUAGGCAAGGCUGUGUUAUUGAGUGACUUCUUCACCACGGAGCUUGGAUCUUACUGCUAAUGGUGUUCCUCCUAAAUAAGUCCCAAUGUUCAAUUUGGUGAAAAUAAUAUGGCUUCAAAACAAGAGAAACUUUAAAGCAAGAGAAAGAUGCUUAGCUGAGUUUUUUAGUCAGUAUUAGCAGAACUGUAGAUAUGUUGACUUUUUAUGUAAGGAUUUAAAACAAAAACAAACAAACAAACAAAAAAAACACCUCAGUUUAAAAGUUCUUUACUACCUCCAUUAGUCUCCAGCAUCAAGAAUAACAGUCAUCAUUUGCCUAGCUCUAGUUUCCUAGGGGCAUGACUAACCCGCACCCCAACCUCAAAAAAAUCCAGUGGUUUUCCUAAAAGGCUUGUAGUGUUUCAUUAAACAGUCACACCGAUGUUGGAGAGUGUCACAGACCUUGCAAAAGUGUAUUAAUAGUGUCACAAUGAUGUGAAGUUCAACAAAUAUAUUAAGAAAGUAAAGAGGUAAAUACACUCUUCUUCUGGAACUAAAAUUUAAUACAAGGAAAGCAAUGGGAAUUACAGGCAAUUAGAAAGCAUAAGGCAUCACACUAUCCCCUUAACCUGUGCAUUUAGGUAGUUGCUACAUUAGUGAUCAUUAAUUAGGAUUAGUUCCAUGCUGUCUUUUAGGGAUGGAGACGAAGUUCAGCGGCAGAACACCAGCCUAGCAUUUAGGCGGUCCUGAGUUUCAACCCAAGCAGCACAAAGGAGCUACAUGUAUCUCUCAUAUGUGUACAAUGUCUGAUCACACCCACCUGUGUCACUGUGCACACCUGGAGCGAAGGGAGGAACUUCAUAUACCCCAAGUAAAAGAAGAGUGGGGGCUCCAUGUGUUCCUGUGA